UACGACCAUGAAACACAUGGAUGUACAAAAUAUUCCCCCUCUGAAGUAUUAUUUCAAAGAGUUUUGCGAAAUCAAUGCAGGCAAAUGUCAUCUUAACAGACUUGAAGAUAUUAUAGGUGUUGUACAUGAGAUAAACAAUAUGCAAUCAAACACUCCAGGAAAGAAGACAUUUGUGGCCCUCAGUCUCAAAGAUUUGAGCGGUGACAUCAUUAACUGCACAUUAUGGGAGAGCUAUGGUAUUAAGUUUUUGGAAUAUUAUAAUGACCCAACUAACACGGGUGCUAUUGUCAUCAUACUAACCCAUGCAAUGAUCAAGGAUUCUCAGGGUUUGCUUUUAUUUUAUUUUUUUCUGCUGUUGCCUUAUCACAUUUUUUCAACAAUGUUGUAA